AUGCAGCCUCAAAGGCACUUGUGGCAGAAAAAGAAAGGAUCCACCAGCUCAGGCCCCUCAACCAAGCCAUCUCAGCUCACUAUGACCUUGUUCCCCACCAAGUUUGAAAAUGGGAAGAUUGAGUACAAGAUAAGGUACAAGGGGAGAUCAAGACCAUUCUCUAGAGCCAAAGCCUUGGUGACUUCAGAACAAUCCAGGGAUCCAACCAAGCUAAAGGAGCUUCUGUCUCAAGUCCUCACUAUCACCCUUGAUGGUGGGACUAGCUCAACCAAUGCCUAA